GGCUCUGCUAUAAAACCCCCUCCAUCGUCUUGCGACCCAUCCUACCUCGCCCUCCUCGCCGACCACUUCCGCAACCGCCCACCCCAUCGUCUCAGGCUUCGGCCUCCCCGCGUCAGAAGGCUAGGGCUUCCGCACCGAGCCCGCUCCUCCCCUCCCCUUACCCAUGGUGCUGUACUACAGAUAUGGGUACGGGAGCAACCGUUUCCUGGAGAUCACGCAGGGCUUCCACCCGCGCGGGAUCCCCAAAUCCGAGGCGAGAGGGGGAGGCGGCGUCGCCGUGAAGAACGUCAAGCGCUAUCUCGCGAACAUGGACAGGGCGGUGGACUACGACGACGAGGAGCUCCGCAACAACCGCUUCAAGUCGCCCUUCGACCGCCGCCCCCUCGUCGGCCGCCGUCCACGCCUCAGGAAGAACGAGCGGAAGCGCACCCUCCGCCUCGUCGGGAGCAACAGGCCUGACUACAUGCGGCAAUGUGAGGAGGCUGCAUUUGGUGAUUUCGAUGACAGCUAUGACUGGGAGGACGAGGUCCAGGAGUAGAAGGGCCGUAAGAAUGGAGGAUCUGAUCCAUCGUCAGAACAAAGGGAUGGCUUUGUUUGAUUACUUUUACACGAUCCAUCGUCAGAACAAAGGUAUGAACUAUGAACAGUGAAGAAUGUUAGCUCUGUUCCAUUCGUUUUGUGUGAAAGAAAUUUGAAUCUCACAGCGUUGACCACUUCUAUCAGCUAGAUCUAGCUAGUUUACUAAUGAUGACCACUAGAAGUAACAGGAUAUAUUUCAAGACAUGUUUCAAACUAGUUUUGUUCAGCUGUUACGGAAUGUGUGGCCACUUUCAUGUUUGUGAUAAUAUCUAUCUUCUGUCGCCGUUUCAUGGGACGCUCGACUUUAUAUAUCUGCAUAGUACCUUUUACGAUUGUGCAGUGUGAGGAGAGCUUUGUCCUGCAAUAAUCUUUUGCACUCUCCAUACCCGUUUCCUUUUGCACUACAAAUAUGUUCUCGUAGACCAUUUGGCAAGAUUUCUAAAUUUGAAUGUGUUGUCUAGCCUUUCUUUUCGUGGGAUUGAUCUCACGGUGCUCCUAUUUCUGGAUCCCAUAGGAUGAUAGGAACGGUGAACUUGUCUGUGAUAAUACCUUAGAUUAGGUGUCUAAACUUGCACUUUCCCACACGAAGUAGCGAGUCGCCUUGGUGAAGUUUGAAGCCACUUGAUUCGAUGGCUUCACGUGUAGCGUGCCCAGCGGCCUGUGCAUGCAAUCUGCUUCUUUGUGGCCGAGUCAAACUCUGCGGGGCAGAACUGAGUUAACAAUUGUCUGAGAUCAAAACUCCACGAGGGGGCUGACAUAGUGGUGCCGGCAGUAGGGUAA